GCCGACGAGUGACGGCGAGGAUUUGUUACAGUCGUUGGGGGGGAGGGGGAGGGAAAAACGAAGCUCCGCGUCGACACGUGUCAUCAGCCGAGCGGUAAAUGUGGCUGGGAGAUCAGCAGACGUAGAGCGGGAGAGGCCCGGGAGAGAGCCUGAGCCCGGGGAGGCGCUCGGAAGGCCGGGCGCUGCGUUAGCGGACAGGGCCGGACAAGGCAAGGCGCCAUGGCUGCAACCAACUACGGCUGCCUCAACCGUGCUCAACUGACCUUUGAAUACCUGCAUACCAACUCAACCACUCAUGAGUUUCUUUUUGGAGCUUUGGCUGAGUUGGUGGACAAUGCCAGAGAUGCAGCUGCUACAAGAGUGGACAUCUAUACAGUAAGGAAUGUGGAUUUACGAGGAGCAUUCAUGUUAUGUUUUCUUGACGAUGGAACUGGGAUGGAUUGCAAUGAGGCUGCCAGUGUGAUCCAGUUUGGAAAAUCUGCCAAAAGAACCCCAGAAUCCACGCAGAUUGGACAGUAUGGAAAUGGACUCAAGUCUGGCUCAAUGCGAAUAGGCAAAGACUUCAUUUUAUUCACAAAGAAAGAGGAUACAAUGACCUGUGUUUUCCUUUCACGAACAUUUCAUGAAGAGGAAGGGAUUGAUGAGGUGAUUGUUCCACUUCCAACAUGGAAUUCCAAAACAAGGGAGCCCAUGACUGACAAUCCUGAGAAAUUUGCCAUUGAAACAGAACUUAUCUACAAAUAUUCACCAUUCAAGUCUGAGUCAGAGGUCAUGGAACAGUUUGAUAAAAUCAAAGAAAAUAAUGGGACUUUGGUGAUAGUUUAUAACCUUAAACUGAUGGAUAAUGGUGAACCAGAAUUGGAUGCUACUUCUGAUCCUACUGAUAUUCUGAUGGCAGGACCACAACUUGAGGGAGUAAAACCAGAACGUCGCUCUUUCAGGGCAUACACAGCUGUCCUUUACAUCGACCCUAGAAUGAGAAUUUUUAUCCAGGGUCAUAAGGUCCGGACAAAACGGCUGUCUUGCUGCUUGUUUAAACCAAGAAUGUAUAAGUAUACGUCAAAUCGAUUUAAAACCCGCGCUGAACAAGAGGUGAAGAAAGCCGAGCACCUGAUGAAAAUAGCUGAGGAGAAGUCACGGGAAGCAGAGAGCAAAGCACGGGCCUUGGUAUUGAAGUUGGGUGGUGACUUGAGCAGGGAAUCAAGGGUUCAUCUGCGACAGGUGCAGGAUGCUGCAUUCAGUCUAAGCAGAGAAGCUGACGUGAAGAAGCGAAUACAUGAAGCCAAACUCCGAGCUUUGAAGGAGCCAAAGGAGAUGUGUUUUAUUUUUGGUGUGAAUAUUGAGCACCGCGACCAGGAUGGAAUGUUUAUUUAUAACUGCAGCCGUCUCAUAAAGAUGUAUGAGAAAGUGGGGCCACAGCUGGAAGGAGGAGUUGCCUGUGGUGGAGUAGUGGGUGUGGUAGACGUCCCAUACCUGGUUCUGGAGCCCACCCACAACAAACAAGACUUUGCAGAUGCCAAGGAGUAUCGACAUCUACUGAGAGCCAUGGGAGACCACCUGGUGCAGUACUGGAAAGAUAUUGGCAUAGCACAGAAGGGGAUAGUGAAAUUCUGGGAUGAAUUUGGCUAUCUGUCGGCCAACUGGAAUCAGCCACCUUCUGAUGAAACUUUAUACAAGAGGCGGCGUGCGAUGGAGAUUCCAACCACCAUUCAGUGCGAUCAGUGUUUAAAAUGGCGGACCCUUCCUUACCGAGUGGAUGAUGUUGGUAAGGAAUAUCCAGACAGUUGGACGUGUUCCAUCAGCCCUGACCAUAUCCAGAAUCGAUGUGAUGCUCCAGAGCAGAAGCAAAAUGUACCGAUAGGCACACUGCGAAAAGACAUGAAAUCGCAUGAGGAGAAAAUACGGGCACAGCAAAAGAAACUGGAAGCAUUGAAGAGAAACAUGCCUAUUCGCUCCCAGGCUGAUUUAAAGAAACUUCCACUGGAGGUCAGCCGCCGUCCGUCGGUGGAGGGUCGAGCUUCAAGUAGCCAACGUCCACGAUCACCGCCACUGGCUGAUAUCAUCAAAAAUGCCCCAAGCCACCCACCUUCCACAAAGUCCCAAGCCUUACUGCGAAAGGGUUCUGCAUCUAGAUCUGCAAACAAAGCUGUGGCCACUCACACCAAUGUUACUGUUAAGAAAGCAGUAACCAACGCGGGAAGAUCCCAGCAACGACUGACAGCUUCUGCAAAACAGACUGCUGUAUCUCCCAGGAAUGGAGCACAGCCGUCUACCUCUGUGCGGAAUGUUUCUCCCGUCUCUGUAAACACAAAGAGUCAACAGGUGAAAGGAACGAAGACCUUGGGACACAAAAAGGAGACACUGAGUAGGACAGUUCAGUCUGCAGGAACAAGGAAAAGGAAUACAGUAAUAGAAAGUAGUGAGGAGGAGGACGAGGAAGAAGAAAGGAAGACAAAGACAGUCCCCAAAGUUUCUGAAUCAAAGCGCUUGAAAAAAGACAUGACGGAUGUUGUGGAGAUUUCAGAUAGUGGAGGAGAGGUGGAUGAGGAGGAGCAGGCUGACACCUUGAAAGAUCGAGGACUUUUGGUGGAAGUGAAGGUGAAUAAAGAAUGGCACACAGGACGAGUCACUGCUGUCGCAGCAAGCAAACAGUCAGUGCGGUGGAAGGUCAAGUUUGACUAUGUUCCAACUGCAACUACACCUAGAGACCGUUGGGUUGAGAAGGGAUGUAUGGAUGUGAGGCUGAUGAAGCCACCAUCUCCUGAAUACCAGACACCUGAUACACUGGGUGGAGAGGAAGACAUAUCUGUGGAAACAGGAUCAACUUCAGACAGCACCAGAAUGGAACCAGACACUACACAACCAACCACCAGCAAAGAGACUGUAGAAGCACUAGUGCUCAGCUUCAGAAAUACUUUGCGGUAUUUUCUGCCACCAAAUUACAGGAUAACAAAGGAGGAGCUAAGUUCAAUGACGCCGGAAGAACUUGCUUCAUUUCCUCUGAAAGAUUACUUCGAACAGUAUGAAGAGGGUCUGAAGAACCUCUGCACUGCCUACCAGACCCGUGCUGAAGAGCGUGUCCGAACAACAGAGAAAAAGUUGCAACAAAAUGAUGCAGAGCUGACGGAUGCACAGGAAAAGCUCUGCAAACUGAGGAAUAACAUCGUGGAGCUGCUGCGGAAAGUACAAGAGGAUAUUGAAAUUAGCACGGAUGAUGAGCUUGAUGCCUACAUUGAGGAACUAAUUACAAAAGUGGACUGAACUACCCCACCCCACUCCUCCCCACCAUACACCUGUUACAAAGUGUAUUGAAAAGGUCUCUGGUUACACUGCUGCAAAGUGGACUAAAUGUAAGCAGUGUUUUAGAAAAUUGUUACUUCAUUUUGAGGUUUUAGCUUUAAAGUUUUACACCUUGUUCAAUGGGCCUGUAAUUUUGUAUUAUAUUUAUUAAAAAUACAACUGUACCAUUUUUUCCAGUCUGUCUUGUGUGGAUACAUUUACCAUUUACUUUUUAAAUUUCUAGAUUUAAGACCCACCUGCAGUCAUCAGUGUUUGCCUUUCCACCUCUCUUACAAAAGUUCUGAUGGUUUGGCAUGGUGCCAUUUACUGCCAACACAGCAGCACAUUCAUUAUUGGUGACUGACCUUUACAGAUGCAGGGUGUAUUAUAUUUGAGCUGAAUGCUGAUGUAACUGGUAUGUUGCAAGUCCCAGCUGAGACACUGACUUGCAAAUAACAUUGUUUAGGUAGAUAUGAUCUAGCAUUUAUCAAGAACUUUCAACCA